UCUGGGGUCGCUCUUCAUGCGACACUUCCGGCGGAAGUAACCAACACUGAGCUAGCAGCGUUAGCUUCCAGCUUCUUUGUGUUUAUCGGCCGUUAAAAAAGCGGCUUUGCUGAAAGUUGAAGAGUCUGUAGCAACAAGAUCUUCGGUUAGAAUCGAUCAGAGAGAAUCGAUCAGAGAGAAUCGAUCAGAGACGAUCAACAGCGGCGGAGGAAGAAUCGAUCAGCAGAUUUGUCACAUUAUGUCUGCCAUUAAGCAAGAUGUUCUUGCUCAUCAAUUUAACCUCAACCAACAAGAGAUUUCUGCUGUAGAUCCAACAGAAUCUCAAAAAAUCAAGGAGAGAGAAGAGGAACCAGAACUUCCAGAAGUCAAAGAGGAGUACGGAUCAGAACCUCUAAAGCAAGGAGAACAGAUAACGGACGACUUAACAGAAACAGAUUCUCUUGAAAUCAAAGAGGAACCAGAGGAACUAGAACUGCAACAAAUGAAGGAAGAAGAUUGUCAAUCAGGAUCUCAGCAGGUGGUCAAGACUGAUGAUGAAGACAUGAGCCAGGAUGAAAAGCAAGAGACCCAUACGUUUAUGGUACCAGGUUCUGGAUCAGUAGACAUCAAAGUAGAACCAGAGGAACUGGAGCUGCAACAACUGAAGGAAGAUGAUGGGCAAUCAGAAUCCCAGCAGAUGGUAAAGAUUGAGGCUGAAGGCAUCAAUCAGGAUUAUAACCAGGAAGUACUGAAGCAGGAGACGGAUCCAUUAAUCCCAACUGCGACUAAUAAUGAAACAGAUCACCAACAACCAGAACUCAGUGGAAACCAAAUGUUCUCACAUCAGAAGAGAGUUGAGAAAACCAGAGCUGACAAUGCAGAGAAAGGCGUGAAGGACAAGGAACUUUACAGAUUAAAAAAAUGUAAGCAGUGUAAUGUAUGUGGAAAAAGUUUCAAAUUAAACACAGAGUUAACGAUCCACAUGAGAACUCACACAGGUGAGAAACCUUUCUUAUGUGUAACCUGUGGAAAAGGUUUCAGUCAAAAAUGUAAUUUGAAUAGCCACAUGGGAACUCACACAGGUGAGAAGCCUUUCUCAUGUGAAAUCUGUGGGAAAUGUUUUCGGCAAAAAUAUAUUUUGAUUAGCCAUAUGAGGACUCACACAGAGGAGAGAGCUUUCUCAUGUGUAACUUGUGGGAGAACGUUCCGUCACAAGUGUAGUUUGAAUAAUCACAUGAGAACUCACACAGGUGAGAAACCUUUUGCAUGUAUAACCUGUGGAAAAGGUUUCAGCGAAAAAAAUACUUUGAUUAGGCAUAUCAGAACUCACACAGGUGAGAAGCCUUUCUCAUGUAAAAUCUGUGGGAAAUGUUUUCGUCAAAGACAUAUUUUGAAUACCCACAUGAGAGUUCACACUGAGGAGAGGCCUUUCUCAUGUGCAACUUGUGGAAAAGGUUUCAAUCAAAAAGCCAAUUUGAAUAGUCACAUGAGAACUCACACUGGUGUGAAGCCUUUCUCAUGUGUAACCUGUGGAAAAUGUUUCAAUCAAAAAAUCCAUUUGGAUAACCAUGUGAGAAUUCACACAGGUGAAAAGCCUUUUUCAUGUGAGACCUGUGGAAAAUGUUUCCGUGAAAAGCAUGUUUUGAAUACCCACAUGAGAACUCACACAGGUGAAAAGCCUUUCUCAUGUGUAACCUGUGGAAAAUGUUUCCGUGAAAAGCGGAUUUUGAAUAGCCACGUGAGAAUUCACACAGGUGAGAGGCCGUUCAUAUGUGGAACCUGUGGGAAAUGUUUUGGCCAUAAAAAUAGUUACACUUACCACAUCAGAACUCACAAAAGAGAAACCUUCCACCCAUCCUGCUUGUCCAAAUGACGUCUGUUCCAGCUCUAAUUUGACAUGCGGUAAAAUUUUGUUUCAAAGAAGCAAUUUAAUGUUUUCCAUAAGGUGAACAGUUUGUCAGCAGAGUGUUCAGAAAAAUACUCUAUUAACACUAACGGCAUGUUAGAUGGUUUGUAGUUGAUAAAGGACUGUAUUCAAUUCUUACAAUAGAGUUGAAAUCAUGCAUGAUGUAAAAUGAUAAAAGGACAAAUUUCUGUUUAAUUGUUGACAGUUAUUGAAAUGCUUUCACAGCGGGCGUUGUGUGGAUUAAUGCCGCAGUCACUACAGUCAUGUUAUUAAUGUGAUGAAAACUAAUAAGUUCUCAAAUGUUUUUCCUUCAAAUCAGUUUUUUCACAGAUUGUGUUUAAAUGAUGGAUGAUGCCAAAUCUGUUGUGAAAUGAGAAAAUGAAUCUUUUUGUACAUCAGCAGUGGCUGCUGUGGUGUUGAUUAAAGCUGGUUCUACAAAAAUG